AUGUGCUCUGCUUUCUUAUGGAGUGGAUCUCCAAAUAUUACAUCUAGGGCGAAGAUCGCAUGGGAGGAGGUGUGUUGUCCUCGGGAGGAAGGAUGUCUUCGCAUUAGGAGAGUGAAAGAUGUUAGCACAAUGUUCAUGCUAAAGCUCAUCUGGCGUUUGUUCUCAAACACUGCUUCGCUUUGGGUUUCUUGGGUCAGACGUUAUUUACUUCGAGAUGCAGUACUAUGGGAUGUUAAGGAUACAUGGCUGGGCUCAUGGGCUUGGCGCAAGCUCCUGAGAAUUCGCAAUAUAGCAAAGUCUUUCGUACGUUGGGAUAUUGGAGAUGGUAACACGGUGAGGUUUUGGACUGAUUUGUGGCAUCCAAGUGGAAGGCUUAUUGAUAUUGAUUGGGAAUCUGGUACUCAAAAGAUGGGCAUUGGUCGUGAUAGGAGGAUCUCGGACCUUCUUGUCGGUGGAGCAUGGAGGUUCAGAAGGUGUCGGGAUCAACAUCUUCAAAGUAUGAUCCAUGAUGUUAUCGGAUUUCCCAUUACUCUAUCCAGCGGGCAUGACACUGUUGUUGGUAAUCUGUUUUGUAUUGACCCCGACCCGGACUGGGACACCACGGUUGAGCGUCUGCAGAAUGGAACGUAUGACCGGCUCACGUUCAUUCUCCUGAGGCUUGUGUUUCAGGAUUCCGUUUACUUCAUCUGGAUAGAGCGAAAUGAUAGGAAGCACAGUAACCGAGCAAAGUCUGUGGAGCAACUAGCAAAGUUGAUUGAUAAGGUUGUCUGGAACAGGUUAUCAUCUACCCAUUAUUUCCUCAAGCCGAAGCUGAAAGGAAUUAUGUGCAGAUGGUUUGAAGCUCAUUCCCACCACGAGUGA